AUGGCUCGCAAUGCCGUUGACAUCAAGGCCCGAAUCAUUGUCCUUGCACUGAAAGCCAAUGGUAGCUCCCAGGCCGAAAUCAUCGAGCUCACUGGGCUGAGCAAAAGCACCAUCAAGCGAAUUUGUGCCAGAGCAGUUCGCCAGGGCUUCGAUCCUGAAAAGCGACCUAUUGAGAUCUCCGACUCUCACCUCGUUGAGGGGACCAGUGCCGACGAGGCCUCCCCCAAGAAGCAGCAGAAUCCUGUUGAGCCUAAGCCUGAGCAUGACUCCGAAUAG